GCUCGGUCCAACCCCACGAUCUUGCGCUCUCCGAUCUCUCGGUAGCGAUUGAAAAAGCAGAGGGAAGCCGCCGGAGAGAGAGAGGGAGACAGAGAGAGGGAGAGAGAAGUUUUUCUUUAUUUACGUGUCAUUCUUCUUGCCGAUUUCGUUUCUUCCUAACCGGUGAAAGAUGUUCUCCAAGUCGAUUUCAGCGUCAAUUCUCUUGGUCAUCGUCGCCAGCGCGUUUCACGUUGCGAGAGCAGCGAUUGACAACGAUCACCAUCAGCAACAGUUAAUACAUGAAGCUACCAAUGUCUUGGCUUAUGAAGCGGGAGGGAAGGCUUUAUUCGGAAUAUCUCGCGGACAUUAUCAACCGAUUACAGACUGCAUGUUUGUUACUUCGGAAAGUGGACCGUUCUCCUACAUAUCGCCAUCCGACAGUGAUGACGUUUGUGGAAUAUAUUUUUUAACUGAUCCGGAUCGUACAAUAGAGAUACAUUUCGACAGCUUUGACAUUCCCUGCGAUCAUCAUGGACUCUUGGCGGUAGUCGACGGCUGGGAAUUAAACGGCGAAUUAUUUCCGAACGAAGGCGACCAUCCGUUACCGAUAAAGGAAAGAGUGACAGAAUUCUGCGGUAAGAGCAGAUGGUAUCGCGGUAAGAAGAUUUUUACGAGUUCACAGAAUGCUGCGCUCCUCCAAUAUAGAGUACCUCUACGUGGGAGAGGCUUCGUCGUAUCCGCAAGAUACCCAAAAAAUCCGAGACCCUGCAAUGUCUUGUCAGUGAGCACAACGGAUCCAUUCACGCUCCGCAAUUAUGGCAGACGGAUCAACUGCACCCUAAUAGCGGUGUAUCCCGGUACCGUUCACGUGAUCGCAUUAGGAGUCGGUGGCACCAGCUCGCACAGCAUCGCUCGUACAUCCGAAACUGGCACUCUACGCAAAUGCUUUCCGCAGGACCAAGUGCAAAUCGGAGGCAGCCGCGACUUGGAUACAACAAAGCUCGAUAUAAUCGACUCCAUUUGCGGCAUGGAUUCGAAACCGAAUAUAAAAGAGCCUGUGCCGUACGAUGUGACAGUUGUCCGAUUAAUAUCGAGCGGUUACUGCGACAAUUCGGUGACAGUGGCAAUAAGAUCAAUGAUAGACAACGAUAUGCUGGAGGCUGCUUCUGGUCUUUAAAACGACCGCAUCGUAUAGUUUUAUCUCGUUCCACCGCAUUUGCUAUGUAUUCUUGACAUUUAUCUUUGAACGAGCAGGUACAACGCUAAUAUCAUCGAAAAGAAUUGUUGCAUAGAAAAUAUCCCGUCAUCGUAGUUUAGCUUAUACUGAUCGUAUAUUUGUGUUGCAUAUUAAAUGGGGAUGUCGCAUACAUACGAGUGAGAGGAGACGAGAGUUCUAUCUAAGACUGAUUAUUCUAAUUACUCUUUUUCGUAUCCUUCUAUUGAACAAUUUCACUUACUUCAUCAACAAGCUCUUACUUCUAUACAGCUGUAAAAGUAAAAAGAUUUAUCAUAUAAUUUGUAGGAUACUUUCGACUCAAGCAACGCUUUUAAUAGGAAAGUGAAAGGUAUAUGAUAAGUGCAGAGUAAACAUUUAUUUGAAACGUUUUCGUAAUGGUACUGCGUUAAUUGAGAUAAGCGUAAUAUCGGAAUAAUUUUUGAUGAUAAAAUUAAUUCAAUCUUAAUAAUAUAUGUUAUCUAAAUAAAAGUAGUAAAGACUUUUUAAAUAUUGCUCAAUGAUUAUUAUUUUUAUCAAAAAUAAUUGAAAUAAUUUAUUGACUAUUUUAUAUCAUUGAAAAAUUACUUAAUUUUCAAUAUUUAUUGUAUUGCUAUCUUCCUUUUUUCAUUGAUCUUAUUUUAUUCUGCGAACUAUAGCUUUCUCUUUAUUAUACU